GAAAAUAAGUUUAGUUACUGCCAGUAAAUCCAGUGCAGUUGGCAGCAGUGAAAUUUACUGGUGCCGCGUUUCGUUUCUUCCAUCAGUAAAACCAGUAAAACCAAGUGAUCUCAAGUGAUCCUAAAGAUAAUUUUAAAAAAUUAUGUGUGUUUAAUUAAUUGGUUCUUUGGUUAUAUUAGGCUAAGAAUAAAAAGUGAUCAGCAGCAGAGAGCAGAGAGAGAGCAAUAAUUAUGGAUAAAUAUAUUUUACUCGACAAUGUUAUUUUCGAAUCAUCUACCAGUGACUCUUCGAGUGAUAGCGAUGACAAUGAAGAGUUAUUACAUAUUUUAAUAAAUAAUAAUGUAGAUAAUAACAGAAAUCAAAGAAGAGUGCCAAAAAUUAGAAAUUAUAUGGAGCAUGUUGUUGCACUAUACACAAAUAUCGAAUUUAAAUCACACUUUAGAAUGGAACGUAAUACGUUUAAUUUUUUACUACAUUUAAUUGGACCAAUGUUAGAUAAUAUUCCAUUUCAAGGAAGAGAACAAAUUGAUAUCACAAAACAAAUAUUAAUUACUAUUUAUGUCUUGGCAACACCAGAUUCGUAUCGCUCCAUAAGUGAACGAUUUAAUGUGUCCAAAUCAACUGCGUGGUUUACUGUAAAGAGGGUAGUUCGAGCAAUAUACAGUAUUCGCAAUCAGUUUAUUAGAUGGCCUACUUAUGAAGAAGCUGAAAAUACUUGGACAAACAUUCAGAGAUUAUAUGGAUUUCCUAAAGUUGUGGGCAUUAUAGAUGGAACGCACAUAAACAUUCCUCGGCCGAAAGAAGAUGGCAAAAGUUACAUAAACAGAAAAGGCAGAUUUUCUGUACAGUUACAAGUAAUAUGCAAAAGUGAUUUAUCCUUUACUCACGUAUUUGCUGGAAUGCCAGGAUGUGUGCAUGAUAUGCGCGUGUUUCUUUAUUCCGGAGUGCAACAAUAUUGCACUCCACAGUAUUUUCCUGACAAUAGUCAUUUAUUAGGCGAUGCGGCAUAUAAUAUCCAAAAAAAUGUUAUGGUGCCAUUCCAUGAUAAUGGUCAUUUAACUAGAGAACAAAAAAAAUUUAAUCAUCGCUUGUCAUCUGCCCGAAUAAGUGUGGAAAGAUCAAUAGGACUAUUAAAAGGACGAUGGCGAUAUUUAUUAGAUAAAUUGCCUAUGACAAGAACAAAUUUAAUUCCUUAUUAUAUUAUUACUUGUUGCGUAUUACAUAACAUAUGUUUGUUACGGAAUGAUCGUAUUGAAAUUCCUAUUAUUGUUCCUGAACAAUUGCAUGAAAUGGAACCACUAGGCAUUACUAAUGCCUUGAAGGAAGAAGGGAAUUUUAAAAGAAACAGAUUGAUGGAAAUAAUUAGUAAUGAUGAUUUUGAAAGAAGGAAUAAUUGAGAUUUGUAGGUACAAAAUGAUAUGUGUGAUGGUAAAUGAUAACAGUAAAUCCAGUUGUUCAAGCAUAAGAAAUAUACUGUAGUUUUUAAUAACAUUAUUAAAAAUAUACUUUACGAUAAUACUAUUCUACGAUAUUACUGACUCUGAAAACAUUUCAGACACGCCAGAUACAGAUGAAAUAUUGUAUAAUACACAAAUUUGUCUUUUUGUAAUAGUAAAUAAAAUAUAUGUGUUGCAUAUAA